UUUGACAAUUCGGCGGCCGGAUCUCUGCUAAAGUAUGGCUUUCGGAGACAUCCUGGAGCAGGUAGGGAGCACGGGACGCUUCCAGGUGGUGCACGUAACCCUCCUCUGCAUACCCGUCCUGAUGAUGGCCAGUCACAACCUCCUGCAGAACUUUGUGGCCAUGGUGCCCCCUCACUACUGCAGCGUCCACGCAAACUUCUCUCAGUCCCGGCUGAGUCCCGAGGAGACGCUGCUGGUCACCGUGCCUCUGGACCAAGCGGGGAAGCCACACAGGUGCCAAAGGUACGCUGCUCCACAGUGGCACCUCCUGGAUAGGAAUGGGAGCUUCUCCUCGGAGGGACAAGCGGAGGAAGGUUUGGCCGCUGAGCUGCAGGAGUGCAGAGAUGGAUGGUCCUACAACAUGACGGAAAUGGCCUCCAGCAUCAUCUCUGAUUGGGAUUUGGUUUGCGAUAUGCGUUCUUUGAAGCAAAUGGGACAAACCGUUUACAUGGGAGGUGUGCUGGUGGGGGCUAUCGUCUUUGGGGGCCUCUCGGACAGGUACGGUCGACGCAUCCUCCUGCUCAUCUCCAACAUGCUGAUGGCCGUGGCGGGAACCUGUGCUGCCUUCUCCCCUUCAUUCCCGCUCUUCUGCCUGUUCCGGUUCGGAUGCGGGAUGGCCCUGUCAGGCCUGGGACUCAACACCUUCUCACUGAUCGUGGAGUGGAUCCCCACUCGCAUCCGGACCGUCACAGGAACCAUCACAGGCUACUGUUACACUCUGGGUCAGCUGAUCUUGGCGGGCAUUGCUUAUUUCAUCAGAGAUUGGAGGUGGUUGACCCUAGCUGUGUCUCUGCCCUUCUACAUCUUCUUCCUCAUUUCCUGGUGGUUUCAUGAAUCGUCGAGAUGGUUGGCUCUGAACAAUAAGCCUGAAUUAGCCGUCAAGACUCUCAAAAGUGUGGCCAGAUUCAAUGGACGCCAUGAAGAGGGAGAAAAAAUUGACAUUAAAAUGCUGCAAGAGUCGAUGAAGAAGGAGAUGUCGUCUUCAAAGGGCUCCUACUCUGUCCUGGAUCUGUUUCGCACCCCAAAAAUGCGAAAAAUGACCAUCUGCCUCAGUGCUGUCUGGUUAUCGACCAGCUUCGCCUACUACGGUCUUGCGAUGGAUCUGCAGAAGUUCGGCGUAGACAUCUACUUGAUCCAGGUGAUCUUUGGCGCGGUGGACAUCCCUGCUAAAGUGGUCAUCACCACGUGUAUGAGCUUCAUAGGACGCCGGCCGUCCCAGUGUGGCGCUCUCAUCAUAGCGGGAGUCACUAUUCUGAUCAACGUGAUGGUCCCUUAUGAUAAACAGACUCUGCGGACAUGCUUAGCCGUGGUGGGCAAAGGCUGUCUGGCCGCAUCCUUCAACUGCUGCUACCUUUACUCCGGAGAAUUGUACCCAACCAUCAUCCGUCAGAACGGCAUGGGUUGGGUCUCCAUGAUGGCCCGAAUCGGAGCCAUGGUGGCCCCCAUGGUGCUGCUCGCCGGGGACCACAUUCACUGGCUGCCAGGUUUCAUCUACGGCGGAGCUCCAAUCCUCUCCGGGGUGGCGGCCGUAUUUCUCCCAGAAACCCUGGGCACACACCUCCCCGACACGAUUCAAGAUGUGGAGGAGAGGGAAUCACCGAAAAGUUCCAAAAUGCCUCCAAAGGAGGCCGUAAGCUUACAAGACACGCAAACGAAUCUCCUCAAGCAGGCCGUCUGACAACUCUUCCGUGCUCCUGCCUCCUGUUA